AUGCAGUCCCUUCGCGAACUUGCCUUCCGAAGGUCUCGAAGGCAACGGCACCGAGGACCCGACCACACCGGGCUGCUUGUGGAUGAACAGGAAGGAUUCGCACUGGUACAAGAGCGCCUGUCGGUGGUCGGUGUCAAGACGGGCCGCCAGCCACUAACGUCCACCGACGGCACCGUCCUUCUGGUGGCCAAUGGAGAGAUCUACAACUACCGCCACCUAGCGAGUCUCAUCGAUGGCUACGAACCACGCAGUGAUUGUGACGUGCUGGUAGCGUUGUACGAACGGGUUGGUCCAGACGAACUACUCCAGCAGGUGCGUGGAAUGUUCGCUUUCGUCCUGUAUGACCGCAAAACCUGUGAGCUGCUGGUAGCUCGAGAUCCCGUCGGAAUCAUUCCACUCUACGUCGGUUGGGAUGAUGCCGGUGGGUUGUGGUUUGCCAGCGAAAUGAAGUCUCUCGUUGGUUACUGUACGGAUGUCAGCGUGUUUCCUCCGGGUCACUCAUACUUUGGGCCUCGGGAAGGCUUCGAAGCGAGACCGUAUUUUAACGCACCUUGGAUGACGGAAAUCCCUACGGAUACCGCAGAUCUGACAGAGUUACGCCACCGUCUAGAGGCUGCCGUCGAAUCGCAUCUGCAGUGUGAUGUCCCACUCGGUGCUCUGCUGAGUGGAGGACUCGAUUCCAGCCUCAUUGCGUCGAUCGCGACACGAUUGUUGCGAAAAAAGCUAGCCGAUCCAAGCUACCGGUUAAAGACGUACAGCAUCGGGUUGGCGGGAGAAGGAUCCGAUCUGCAGUACGCCCGGGCGGUAGCCGAUCACAUCGGGAGUGAUCACACGGAAGUGCACUUCAGUGUGGCGGAAGGACUCGACCUGGUGCGAGAAGCCAUUUACCACGCGGAAACGUACGACGUAACGACAAUCCGAUGCAUCGUGCCAGUGAUGUUGCUUGCCCGUGCCAUCCGUGCCGACGGUAUCAAGGUGGUCCUGUCCGGUGAGGGUGCCGACGAACUGUUCGGGGGUUACCUGUAUUUUCACCAAGCGCCUAACUCCGCCGAAUUCCACCGGGAAACGGUACGACGGGUUAGUGGCCUGCAUCUGUCCGAUUGUCUGCGCGCGAAUAAGGGUUGUGCCGCGUGGGGAGUGGAAUUGCGAGUGCCCUUCCUAGACACCGACUUCUUGCAGUACGUGAUGGCGAUCCGGCCGGAAGAUCGUGUCCCGGUUAGCGCGGACGGUGCCCUCGAGAAGAGCAUUCUGAGGCGAGCGUUUGCCGAAGAUGAUUAUCUGCCACCGGAUGUGUUGUGGCGACAGAAGGAGCAGUUCUCGGAUGGGGUUGGGUACACCUGGAUCGACUCCAUCGCUCAGUGGGCUUCGGAUAGGGUAGAUGAACGGGAUUUUGAGGCAUCGGACGAACACUUCCCGUUCAAUACGCCUUCCACGAAGGAGGCUUUCUACUACCGGGCUGUGUUCGAGGAGCUUUUCCCGGGACAAGCCUACGCCGAGACGGUACAGCGAUGGGUUCCGCGAACGGAUUGGGGUUGCCCGGAGGAUCCUUCGGGUCGAAAACAGCGCGCGCAUCGUGCGAAAGCGUGUGAUCUCACGCUUUUGGUGCAGAUUUGUUUUCUUGUGUUCUUGUUUUUUUCUACUCAACAAUUAGUCUGGUGCAUAAAAUCAAUGUCUGUGUUGCUCAAUGUCUAUAAUAAUGACAUUCCGUGAUAUAAUAAUGCCAUUCGCAUUAUUCGUAUCGUUUUAUCAUAGUUUGUAGCGUAACAUAUUGAUAACACGGAAACGGACAAUAAAGAAGGAAAUCUCUCCAUUCUUCAACCACUUUGAUGACAGCUCAUCGAAUUGAUUCGAUCGUAGAUGACGACACAUUUCCGAUGCAUUCAACAGUUAAAUAUGUAAACCUAGUCAAUAGAGCAUUACAAUACUAGGUGAAAAUUAUUCAUUGUGUAUACGUUACAUCAGUAGAAUGUUUCAUUAGGGUCUGUUACAAAGCUGCGGCUGAAUGGAAUUGAUAAUUGAGAUGACAGUGACGAAAAAACUGUAGGAAAAAACUAUUUAUUUACAGCCUAAGAAUCGUUGAUAAUGCUCCAUUGUUAAGAGCAUGCAAUAGCAUUCCAUUAACCGAAGAUGAAAAGAAUACUGUCAUCAAAAGUUCAUUAAACAAAAAAAAACAUGUCCAUUAUACAGCUAUAUCGAUUGGCAACGCAGAAGGACGAUCGGACGAAGGACAUCGCUUAGAUACAGAAUAGAAAGACAUGGAUAUAAAAGACCGUUCUUAGAAGACUCUUUUUCACGCAAUCAAUAAACAAUGAUUGUGACAGUUUUUUUGUUAUAAGCUAAUAGAUAUCCUUUUUA